GUCGAAUGUCGACAAGCUGAGUGAUAAAGGAAGAAAACUGUAAACAAUAACAAUGGCGGCGUGCAGUAGGGUGACAUGCUUGACGAAUAAAAGCCGGACAUAUUUGUAUAAAUCAACAAAACUAUACUCAAAUACUGCAGCUGUCAAGUCUACCAGUGGUCAGAAUGAAAUCAUUGUUCCAUAUAAAAUCAAAAGGGGGCCAACAGAUUUGCUGAAAGCUUUGGCUUCAACAAUAUCCAAGGAUUAUACUGCUCCACAAUAUAAAUAUGAAGAUGACCCCUAUUUUAUUCCAAUAAGUAAUGUUACAAAGAGAUCAUUUGCUCUUUCUAAAGAAUCUGGCAAGAAAGCUGCUCGCUAUUUUCUUGAAAAUUACUCAGAUGUUUUCAAGUGCAAUAAAUCAGAUCCACAUAUAAAAGCUUUUGAUCCUCCUGUUAUAUACAUGGAAGAUGAUGCAGUCACUGUAGAAACAUUAAAGGACUGUAUAAAAGACUUUGAUGUAAAAAACUGUAUAACAGUGUACCAAAAUUUAAAGAAAAAAGAAAUUUGUGUUAGCCAAGAAAUUAAACAAGAUCUUCUAGAGCUUUUAUGUUUUUACAAUGAUAUACCUCCACCUUCAGAUGAUUAUUAUGAGGAGAGGUUUUAUGCAAGACCAAAUGAAAAACAAAGUGAAAAAUGGAAUGCAAAAGGAAUGGCAGAAAUGUUAUUUCAAGAAAUGGAAAAAGAUGGCAAAGCCUAUAGUGCAAUUAUUGCAGGGGCUUCAAAAUUCCGGAAUGCUGUUCGAGCUGAGACUUUAUAUGAAGAAAUGAGAAGUAAAGAACUAAAAGGUACUGUUGAGGCUUAUAAUGGUUUGUUAACUGUUGUACCACUUCUUCAAGAAGGUGGAGAUACUCGGUGGGAAUAUGCAAUGCAUAUAUUAAGCCAUAUGUCCUCUGAUGGUGUGAAGCCUAAUCUGCAUACAAUGAAUGCACUUUUAGCAACACUUUCAAGAUCAACAAGGUGGAAUAAAUGUAGAGCUGCUGCCUUAAAAGUCUUAGCUGAAAUGAAGAAUCUCAAGAUUGAUCUAAGUCUUGGUACUUAUCAUUAUAUAUUAAUGAUUUUUUAUGGAGAUGAACCCAAAAUUCCAGAUGUAAUAUAUGAAGUUAUGAAUCAAGUCAGAGGUCAAGAAUUCACUAUAAGACAUCCUAACGAUGUAAACUUUUUUGCCACUGCAAUGGAAAUGUGUUGGAAGGCUGUUUGUGAUAAAGAACUAGCUUAUCAACUUCACAAUCUUCUUGAAUAUAAGAAUAACUGCAAACUUCUAGGAAAUGCUCUUUCUGAGGCACAAUAUUUCAAAUGCUUCUUCAGACUUUUGUCUGAGACUGAAGAUAUGGAUAAAGUCAUGGAAGUAUAUGAAAAAUAUGUUCCAAAUACUUACACUCCCGAGCCAAGUGUAACUUUCAGCUUGCUUCAAGCCAUUCACUUCUCUGGUGCUUACAAGUAUUUACCUCGUCUUGCUUCAGGUAUGUCUGCUUUGUUAUUUUUAUUCCA